AUGACGUUCCUCAUCGCUCUCAUCAUCGACUACUUCUUCUUCAUGCUCUCUGGCCUCCUCAUGUUUUACUCGCUGGUCCACGUGCUGCACUUCAUCGGCUUCUUUCACCGUGACGAGAUUCCCUGGAACGACAUUUUCAAGAUCGGAUACAUUGUGCGCGACAUCUCAUUUUGCUUCUACAUCGUCAUCACUUUGGAAGCAUUGCUGCUUCAUAACCGUUGA